AUGGACACAGGGGGCUCUACUGAUCGUACCCGUACCAAGCGGGGAAAUGUUGACACUCUCGCCACUUCCACUAAGCGCCAAAGAGCGCGGACGCUGCAAACUAGCGACAACGGUCUUGACCGUUCAAAGCUCACAUGCGAGGCCUACACUGCUGGUUGGGUAUGCGCUCUGCCCAUCGAGAUGGCCGCCGCAAUAACCAUGCUGGAUUGUACCCAUGAAGCCCUGCCCAAGAAACUGGGCGAUGACAACGAAUACAGCUUUGGAAACAUCGGCUCACACAACGUCGUCAUUGCGUGCCUGCCUUCAGGGUACUAUGGGACGAAUAAUGCGGCUGUAGUAGCCAAUAAUAUGAGGCGAAGCUUUCCUUCGCUAGAGAUCCGGCUCAUGGUUGGUAUUGGGGGUGGCGUGCCGCUUAACGCCGAUAUUCGGCUCGGUGACGUUGUUGUUGGCCAUGAGGUUAUACAAUACGACUUCGGUAAGACAACUCAAGCUGGUGAAUUUCGCCGUACGAGCAGUCCCGUCAAGCCGCCACAUGGGGUAUUGACGGCCGUGGCAAGACUGAGGGCACAGCAUGCGUUAUCGACCAAGCUUCCCGCCAUUCUCUCUGAUGCACUUGAUCGCAAUCCAAGCAUGAAGCAGUAUAAAUACCCAAGCCUCUCGAAUGACCGACUCUUUGAGAGCUCAUAUGAACAUGAUGAACUGAGAGAUAACUGUGAUUAUUGCGACCAAUCGAGAAUUCGAGAUCGACCAUCACGGCCAGAUCCCCAACCCAGAAUUCAUUAUGGUACGGUCGCCUCGGGGAAUCAAGUAAUGAAACAUGGCGUGACAAGGGACAAAUUGUCAAGGCAUGACAACAUAUUGUGCUUUGAAAUGGAAGCGGCAGGAAUGAUGGAUCACUUUCCUUGUUUAGUGGUGCGUGGAAUAUGUGAUUACUGCGACUCCCACAAGAACAAACAAUGGCAACCAUAUGCAGCUGCCACAGCCGCAGCAUAUGCCAAGGAGCUCCUUCUAUUAAUCCAGCCUAAGUCUUCGGAAGUACCACUACAUAUUAGUGCAGAACCAGCUCUUGAUUCUCAAGCUCCUCAGCAUUUGAAUCAGCAAAACAGAAAAAAGAUCAUGGACACGCUAUAUUUUGAACAAAUCAACGCUCGGAGGCUAAAUAUAAAAAAUCCUCAUAGCGAAACCUGCAAAUGGCUUCUGAACCAUCCAGCUUUUCUCACUUGGAAGGAUCCCAUGAAACUGCGCGACCAUGCUGGAUUUAUUUGGCUCAAGGGCAAUCCUGGCACCGGCAAAUCAACGAUCAUGAAAUAUCUGUUGAAGGCGACUCAGACAGCAGACCUUUAUGAUGCCACUCUUCAUUUCUUUUUCAAUGCUCGGGGUCAUGACUUGGAAAAAACAACUCUAGGCAUGUAUCGGGCACUUUUGAUACAGAUCUUUCAACAACUUCUACCCUUGCAAAGUAUCUUUGAUAGUCUCGAGAAUCAGACUGAUAAUCGACAACAAUGGACUGUUGAAGAACUUGAGGAGCUUUUUGAACAAACUAUCGACCAAGCUACGGGCUGUUCCAUAAUGUGCUUCGUUGAUGCUCUUGACGAAUGUCACGAACAUGAUGUACGACAAAUGUUGAGAUUCUUCGAAAGAAUGGCACAGAUAAGUCUGUCGGCCAACGGCUCAUUCAGAGUUUGUUUUUCAAGCCGUCACUACCCACAUGUCGGUUUCAAGGACGGGCUUGGUCUUGAAAUUAUUUUGGAAGACCAAAAGGACCACAGCAGUGACAUCACUAAAUAUAUAAAAAGCGAGCUUAACAUAGGCCCCAGCAACCUCGCUCGAGACAUACAAACGGAACUACAUAGAAAGGCAUCCGGUAUUUUCAUGUGGGCUGUUCUUGUUGUUGAAAUACUAAACCGGGAACGGGAGCACGGACGCUUAUACAAUCUUCAGCGCAAACUUCAAGAGAUCCCAUCAGAUCUGCACCAGCUUUUUCGUCUCAUUCUUACUCAACAAACAGAAACGGAUAGCAACCGCCAUCUGCUCUGUUUUCAAUGGGUCCUCUUCGCCAGAUAUCCACUCACUCCUAAAGAGCUCUAUUUUGCCCUUAUCCAGGACGUUGAGGAUGUUGUGCUAGACCCAAAGGAUCUACCUCCUCGUGACAUUAGACUUUUUGUGUUGGAGCAUUCUAAAGGCCUGGCCGAGAUCACCAAAUCUGAGCCUCCCACCGUUCAGUUCAUCCACGAAUCUAUUCGAGACUUUCUGCUUAGAGAUGGAGGCCUAAGCAGUAGAUGGCCCAGUCUUAGCGAUAAUUUAAUAGGGAAGUGCCAUCUUCGACUUCGAGAUUCCUGUCUCAAGUACAUUCGAAAUGAUAUAGUCGGUCCACUCGGCCUUGCAGAAAAGUCACAACCCCUCAAUUAUGGCGCAGCCAAAGAACUUCAUGACAAAGCUACCCUCUCGUUCCCGUUCCUACAAUAUGCCGUCCAAAACAUUAUCUUCCACGCAGAUCUAGCUGAGAGUGAUGGCAUAUCACAAAAGCAGUUUGUGUUUGACUUCCUACGGACGAAUUGGAUUGCACUUGAUAACAUCUUUGAUUUACGCUGGAUCCGGCAAUACAAUCACAACACACGGCUAAACUACAUUUUAGCGGAACUAGAUGCACCGCAUCUUCUCAAGCAUUUCCCUUCACUCGCUUCAUUCUUGACAGUGGGGGAGGAAAGAUGCGGCUGUCCCCUAUUAGUAGCCAUUGCCAAUGAUAAUAAAGCCGUCAUUGAUCAUUUCCGGAGUCUACUCAUGGAAAAGUUAUCUCCGGAAAGCUUUUUUAGGGCGAAGCUUGAAGAACUAAGAGAAGCCAGCAAAGUCUUAAUAAAGCUGCCCUAUGACUUUGUGUUCUCAAAGUCUAGAUCCGUCAUCUCGCAUUUAGCAGAGUAUGGCGCCUUGGAUAUUGUUGCUUUUCUGGUAGAAUGUAACCGCCCGAAUCUGCAGAAUGAAGGGAAUACUGAAGACAAUCUGCACGUGGACAAGACACAAAUGAGUUACGCUGGUGAGCUCAGAGACACGAAACAGAUCGAUCCCUGUUCCAAGGAUAACACCGGCCGAACCUUGAUCUCUUGGGCUGCACAAUGGAAUAAUCUGGGCGUUAUGAAAAUACUUCUUGACUCCGGCAUAUCUGACCUUAACUCCGAAGACGACAUGAAACGCACGCCAAUCUCGUGGGCAUCUCAAUGCGGAUCUUCCAAGGUCGUUGAAUAUAUUCUGCAGAUCCGACAAGUUGAAUCUGAUAUGAGGGACCAAAAUGGGCAGACACCGCUGAGCCUGGCUGCGGCAGAAGCUGCCCGAACGGUUGUGACCGGGAAUCAUUUGGAUGUUGUUCAACUUCUACUCGGAACAGGGAGGGUUGAUCCGGACUCGAAGGAUAACUAUGGCCGGACUCCACUGAGUUGGGCUUCAGAAUGGAAGGGCGACACCCCUCCUGACCACCUCUUUGGGAAUUGUGAGCGUAACCUUCGAAUUAUUGAGGCAUUGCUCCAAACUGGCCAAGUCGAUGCCAAUUCAAGGGAUGAUAAGGGCUGUACGCCAUUAAUCUAUGCCAAUAAAUCUUCGAAUACCAAGGUGGUUGAGUAUCUAUCGACCCUUGAACAAAUUGAUUUCGGGUCAAGAGACGAUAGCGGUCGGGACGCGUUGAGUUGGACUACUAUCUCCAAAUGGGAUCCCAGUGCUAUUGUUGGGGUAUUACUACAAUCUCCUCGAGUUAAUCCCAACUCACGAGAUAACAAUGGCCGAAGCCCAUUGAGCUGGGCUGCCAGUAAUAUGGCGAUAAGCUCACGUCGAGUUCUGCAACUUUUACUUCAAUCUGAUCGGGUUGGCCCCGAUUCUAGAGAUACACAAGGCCGUAGUCCGCUAAGUUGGGCUGCUCAGAGCGGAAAUAUUUGGUUCAUGAAAAUCCUAGAUCAGACUAAUAAAACAGUCGAGAUUGAUUCAAGGGACAAUCAAGGCCACACCCCACUUUGGUGGGCGGCAUGGUCAUCUCAGAAGGAAAUGGCUCUAUGCCUACUUCAGACUGGAAAAGCGAAUCCUAGGUUCACAAACAAUACUGGCAACGCGAUCUUGGUUUCAGAUCCGGAGAUGAAUAAACUUCUUGAGGAAUGGAAGCACUUGUAUAUAGAAUAG